UGUUGGCUCGACGCUGAUAAGCCCAUACUUCGGCAGAUCAGUUCCCAUGCAAGCGACGCUAAAUUUUAUUUUAUCGUCAAAUUCUAUACCCCGAAUCCCAUCGACCUAGAAGAGGAGUAUACAAGGUAUCUUCUCACACUUCAAAUUCGAAGGGAUCUGUCUGUAGGAGAGCUGCACUGCGCCGAAACUACGGCAGCACUUCUUGCGGCGUAUUUAGUCCAGUCCGAAUGCGGAGAUUUCUCAGCUGAAGACUAUCCUGAUGCCACUUACCUCUCUCACUCUCGAUUUAUACCCCAUCAAACUAUUGAGUUCCAACAGAAAGUGAUGGAAAAUCACAGAAACUUGAUGUGA